AUGAAGGAAUUCAUCUUGGACAACUCUGAAGAAGUGACGGAACUUCCGAAAGGGGUUUUUGGAAACGUGACAUUCCAGAAAAUCUCCAUUUCUUCGACCGACUUGGCAACCGUGGAUCCCUCAGCAUUGCUUUCUUCAAAGGAUCGACUCCAGGAAAUGACAAUUAUCUCCAGCGCCCUGGAAGAUUUCCCGUUUCACAUCCUUCCUCAAAUGACCCAGCUGAAACAAUUGGAUCUCUCAAGAAACCGGUUGAAGGCAGUACCGGCCCUCGACAGCCCCAGGCUGGAGAUCCUGGAUGUUUCACGCAAUGACAUAAAAAAACUUGAGCCAGGAUGGUCCAUUCCCAACUUGGGGGCAUUGAGUAUCAGUUACAAUCACAUCACGGAGCUCCCUGCUGGACUGCUCGUGGGAAUGAAGAACUUGACAAGUUUUGAUGCUACUGGCUGCCAUCUGGGACCGAUUUUGAAGAAAGGAUCCUUGACAUUUCGGAGCGAAGUCUUGUCAAUUGUAUUUCUCGGAGUGAAUGAAAUCGCCAGCCUGGAACCAGGAGCCAUCACAGGUCUCAAGAAUGAUACACAACUUGUUCUAGAGAAAAAUUUGAUGACAGAAUUGAAGGAAGACACCUUCCUGCCCAUGCUGCAGGACCUGAGCGGAAACGGGACCAUAUUUCUCUCCGGGAACCCAAUCCAGUGCGAUUCUUGGCUUGCAUUCAGUCUGAACUUUUCGCAAUUCUCGCCGAGACUGGAUGGGAUGGAUUGCGACUUCUUCAUGCGUUGCCCACAUUCCAAUGCUGUUUCACCCUGCAACUGCUCGAUUCACGGGACCACCAAAGACGUAAUCUUGGACUGCUCGCAAGCGAAUAGCUCUGAGAUCUUCUCGGCAUUCCAUGAAGUCCCCUCGUACUUCACCCAGCUCAUUUAUUACGGCGGACAAAGUACAUUCAAUAUGAAAGGAAAUCGGGCAGUGAAGCACCUCAUGGAUGGAAUUUUUGGGAAAGUGAACUUCAACGAAAUAACCAUUUCGGAAACCAGCUUGGUCAGCGUGGAUCCCACGGUAUUGCUUUCAUUGAAGAAUAGCCUUGAAACCCUCAUCAUCACCAAUUCCGCCCUGGAAGAAUUCCCAUUUCAAGUCAUUCCUGAAAUGACCAGUCUAUCGAAGUUGGAACUCUCCUACAACGCCUUGAAAUCUGUGCCAGCCCUCAGAAGCUCCAGUUUGCAGAUUGUGCAACUUUCGCACAAUCGCAUAAAAACACUUGUGCCAGAUUGGCUCAUGCCCAACUUGAAGAAAUUGAAUAUCAGUAACAAUCCCAUUUCGAAGAUUCCUCCAGGAUUGUUCGAGCGCUCAAGUGGUUUGAUGUAUUUUGACGCAUCUCAUUGCCAUCUAGGACCAACAUUGUCAAACGGAUCAUUGAUGUUCCGCACCGAGGUCUUGUCUGAGGUUUCCCUUCGAUAUAAUGGCAUCGUGAGACUGGAACCAGGUGCCAUUUCAGGUUAG